UUUAUACUAGUUGAAUUGAACGCGUUUUAUUUGUAACUGCAAAAAUGACGAAUAGAUAUUAUUUCGAGAGAACAAAAGCAUGGAUGCUAAACAACAAAAUAAUCGUAUUCCUAAGUUUGCUAUCGUUCUGUCUCUUCGUCUCUACCCUCGCGAUGGCUGGACAAAGAAACAGGUUGAAUAAUGAGUUGAGUGAUUUAAGAAAUAGUAUAACAACGGUUAAACCUGCGCCUGAUGAAAAUGAUAAUGGCGCGGGUGGUGGAGACAAUGAUGGCGAUGGUGGUACUGAUACCGGAAAUGGUGACAAUGCUGGAGGCGGUGGUACUGAUACUGGAAAUGGUGACAAUGCUGGAGGUGGUGGUACUGAUACCGGGAAUGGUGACAAUGCUGGAGGUGAUGGCAAUGAUACCGGAAACGGUGACAAUGCUGGAGGUGGUGGUACUGAUACCGGAAACGGUGACAAUGCUGGAGGCGAUGGUACAGAUACCGGAAAUGGUGACAAUGCUGGAGGUGGUGGUACUGAUACCGGAAAUGGAGACAAUGGCAGUGACGCUGGGACCGACGGAGGAAAUAACAACAAUGGCACAGACAAUGGGAAUAGUGCGGGUGAAUCAAAUGCCAAUAACAAUGUAGAAAAUAAAAAUGGUAAUGCACCCAACGUAGAUGUUGAAAACAAGGAAACUGUUGAUAGUCCUGUCGCUAAUUUUAACGCAGCUAUAGCAGAAGAAUUGAAUAAUGAAGAUGAUGAAAUAAGUGCUGUAGGUGCAAGCAAUAGAGAUUAUGAAAACGAUCUCAGUGCACAGUCUCGUAUGACUGACAGUUUUGAAGAAAAUUUAAGAGGGUUUGAUAGUGUUUUGUUAGAGAAGUUAGGUAUUGGAUCAUAAGUUCAGUUAAUUUCAUUUAUAGACUUAGAAAAUUGUGCGUAAGAUAAAUUCGGAUUGAAAAAUCUGUUUGUGUGUUGAUAUUCUAUAUAGGUUUUAAUUUUUUUUUUAUAUACAUAUAUUCGGUUCAUAUAUA